CAGCCAAUGAAUGGAGACUGGGAGGAACCAUUUCUCAACAGUUUUGUUCCGACAUUGAUAUUUUUCUCCUCCUAUCCGCCUUUGAGUUUGUAAAUACCAUGGAGUAGGAGCUGUGAAUGUUUUUCUAACCUUCCCGCCGUGUCGUAGCUUGUUAAACCAGACAGACCGCUAGUUAACCCCCCCCUCCCUCCGGGUCCCUCCGCGGUUACUCUCGGUCGUUUGGUCUGGUUGUGGUCCGACCGGCGGAAGACGCUGCAGAUAUGUCCGACAAUGGUGGCACGGCUGUCGGCCUUCUGUCUUACGAGACGCUGGUCCAUGCGGUGGCAGGUGCAAUGGGGAGUGUGACAGCUAUGACCGUCUUCUUCCCUUUGGACACAGCCAAAAGCAGACUGCAGGUGGAUGAAAAGCGAAAGUCUCGCUCUACCCCGGUCAUCCUGGCUGAGAUAGCAAAGGAGGAGGGCAUUUUGUCUCUGUACAGAGGCUGGCUACCCGUCAUCUCCAGCCUCUGCUGCUCCAACUUCGUCUACUUUUACACCUUCAACACUCUCAAGAGGCUCAACGCAGCUGGACCGGGGAAGUCUAGACCAGGCAGGGAUCUGCUCAUGGGUGUCGCAGCAGGUGUGGUGAAUGUGCUCCUCACCACUCCCAUGUGGGUGGUCAACACUCGCCUGAAGCUGCAGGGGGUAAAGUUCAGAAACGAAGACCUUCAGCAGACCCACUACAGAGGCAUUUUUGAUGCUUUCUCACAGAUCAUAUCCAAGGAGGGUCCAGCAACUCUGUGGAACGGCACUCUGCCCUCCCUCAUCCUCGUCCUGAACCCGGCGGUUCAGUUCAUGUUUUAUGAGGGCAUGAAGAGGAGGGCGGGGAAAGGAGGGAAGAAGAUUUCUUCUGCAGAGAUCUUUCUCAUUGGAGCCAUCGCCAAGGCCAUCGCUACCACAGCGACAUAUCCUCUUCAGACGGUCCAGGCCAUCCUGAGGUUCGGACAGUACAAAGGUGACGGCAAGGGUGGCGUGAUUGGAAGCAUCUCAAAUGUUUUCUACCUGCUCAUGGAGCGAAUCAAGAAGUAUGGCAUCCUUGGUUUGUACAAAGGCUUGGAGGCUAAGCUGCUGCAGACGGUGCUUACGGCUGCACUCAUGUUCGUCGUGUAUGAGAAGAUCACUGCUGCUACCUUCAAAGUCAUGGGCCUGAACAAGAAACUCAAGCACUGAAUACUCACGCCAUGUAAAUGCAGUACUGUACAAGUACGUCUGUCUUCAGGAGGCUUUAUCGAGAGAAUGCCACAAUUGUUCCAGUCAUGAAAAAUAAGAGCUGGGAUUGGUGCCUUUAAAUAGCUGCAGAUUCCCACGCUCACCCAAAUCAUGCUGCAUAACCAGGUCAAGGUUUAAGUCCUCUAAUCUUAACUUUCAACUGGUUCUUUAAGUGCAGAAUGACCUUAAUAUUUAUUCAGUUGUAUUGCUCAGUUUAAAUGAUCCCAAACAAAUUACAGAGGCUCAGUCUAGUUUGAUAUGAAGAGCAAAAUAAAGCCCUAACCAGCUAUGAAAAAGUAUUUAUCCCUCAGUUAGGCCUGUCACAAAAUUCACUUCAGUUAGAAGUUUGAAUGCAGAGCCAAAACAGCCCCAGUCUUGAUGAAAUUAACAAUACUGGAGGCAAAUUUGUUAAACAGAGAGCUUUAAAUUGAACCUGUAUAAUCACCUUUAAGGAAAUACAUCAGCUUAGAAUUAAAAAACAGAUUAAGAAACCAACUUAUUUUGUAAGAGGAAUGGUUUGACAGUUGGAAAAAUUAAUUUUCACUUUUUUUUUCUGGAGUUUAAGUCAUGCUGGCCACACAUUAGAUGAUUUAUAGACCUUAAACGGUGCUAAAAACAUGGGAGACAACAGGCAUGAGGACUGUUUCAAAAAAAUUUUUAAUCUUAAAAACCUCUAAACGUGCAAACAAGAUGACUGCCAGACCAUGAAACCACCAGAUCUUGUGGGGCCAGCAUUAGAUAGGAUUAAAAUCACUCUUGUGUCUGUAACAUCUGUACAUAUGGGGGUAAAGCUAACCUACUCAGCUUCGUCUGAAACAAAUGAAAUGAAACUCCUAGCUGCUGUAAAGUCUAAUGUAUCAUGUUAUAUCUUGUUUGAUUAUUUUGUACAAAAGUCUGUGUUAAAUUUGCUCUGGUGUCGCAUUUGGCCCGUUAAAAUGAUUUAAAAACUGGACAAUAAAUCAAACGGUUCAAAAACUAGCAUUUCCUCUUUCACUAUCAGUUAGCGGACAUUGUGGGCUCAAUAAAGUUAACUAAACCACUAAAACCACCUUUUUUCUCAGCUGAAAUCCUGUGUAAAUGGGUAUGUGGGAGUGUUGUCGAUUAGUUUGGGUCCAAGUCCUGACAGUGGAUUAAAAAUGGUUUAAAUUCCUGUAGGGUUUAGCGCCCCAUUCAUUCUUUUGCUUGUUUUUACAUCUCUGUAGCACAUUAUGUUCUGUGAUAAUAUAUUAAAAACAAAACAAUGCAUGGCAAUAAACAGAGGGACCAGACUGCAGACCACAGCUCUCAGACGCCCCUUUUUGCAGACCAGUACUAUUAGACUCCACCACUGUCAGGAGGGGAGUGAUGUAAUUUGCCAAUACAACACAUCAUGUUUUAGAAGUAGUUAUGCAACUGUAGGCACACUUUAGCUUCAUUAGCCAUAGCAAUGUUGAGUUCAGAUAUGUAAAAUAAAUUAACAUAGCUCAUGUACUGUCACUGACUUUAGCUAUGUUAGUUUCAACUAUGUAACAUUAACUAACAUAGCUAAUGUAGCUUUAUUAGCUUUAGUAGUGUUAGCAGUGUUAGAGUUUCACAGAGGGCAAUCUUCUCUAAGUAGGCUGUUUAGUUAGCUUUAUUUUUGUAAUAAGGUUUUUCAGUUAAGUAUUCUAACUUCUGAUGUCUUGACCUUCACCCUUUUGUCCUAACCCUCUAAUUGGAUUUUAUUUUGAAAGUUUUUACCUGUAUUCCCAUCCUGACAGUGGUGGUUUCUGACAGCUGUUGUCUGCAGCCAGACUGGCUUGGGAAAACAGAUGAAAUGACAUAGAUAAUACCUCCCUUUAAUGGUGUAGUUUAUAAAAUUUGGAAUAUUUGCAGCAGUUACCACAAGACGUGAGCAAUGCAAUCUAGACUGACUGUUAGAUGGUAUUAAGGAAAAAUGCAUAUCUAAUUUUUGGUCCCUUCUGUGGUACUGCAGAAACAUGCAAGAUGCAGUGUGUGAGAUGCUGUUUAACUUUAAUAACAAUAAAACAGAAGGAGGAAAUGACUAGCUUCCUAUGAUCCAGCUGCUACAGACACAAGAGUGGUAUCCUCUCAUCAAAACCUAGAAUUCUAAGUGGAUAAACUGGAUUCCAGUAAGUCCUGAUUCAAAUAUUGAGACUUAUAUAGUGACAUCUUACAGGGGUGUUGAUUUGAUCUAAGCUGUAGGACCCAGACUCUCACACUUUUUACGCAGAUUCUACUGUUAAAAGAAGCCUCGUGAAAUUCCAGCCAGAUCGAUAUGUGAAUUGAUCAGAAUUAUGAGUUAGUAGUAGCGACAGGAAGUGCUGCGCUUACAUUCAUAUUUACAAAACUGUGUAAAUACAUUUACCCUAAAACGGUUUAACUUUACAGUUAUAAUACAUGGUGUUGAGAUGAAUUUAAUAUAAAUGGGAGUGAGUACUUAAGCUAAUACAUUUUGAGUGAACAAAUACUUCAGUAGGUACUAAGUGCCUCCAAACUGUACCAUAAACCUGAACUAUGAUCUGCUGUUAGUGCUUUAAUGACUGUUGAUGAUUUACACAAACUCAUGCUGCACUUAACUGUAUACUGUCCUCCUGAUUGUAUUGGUUUUUAUAGACCUUAUGUCUUCCAAUAUACCUCUGCAUCCCAUUUCCGUACCGUGGAAAGGGCUUGAAUUAUUUGACAGUAUUUUUGUUUUUUUAUUACAGCGAUUCUGCUCUUUUUUGUUGAAUGGAAGUUUCUGCUGCCUUAAAACCAUUUGACAGUU